UGCACACCGAGCUGGAUGUCCGGACACUUGCUGCGCUGCUCUUAAUGAUCAGGAGGCACCGCGGGAGCAGGAAGGAGAAGCACAGCGACGACGCACAUGGCUGGAUGACAUGAUGUUCCAACCCUUUUCCCCUCCUCCCUCCACCUCUUUUUGUCCUGUUUUCCUUCUACUCCUCUUCCUCUGUCUUUCCCUCAUCUCCUAUUCCCUUCCCCAACCGCCGUUGAGCUGGAAUUCACCUAAUGACCCCUGCUACCACACAGAUGGCCGUCCGCGACACUGCCUGUCAGAGUUUAUCAAUGCUGCCUACGGGGUCCCAGUCAACGUGAACCACUCUUUACAAGGAAAUGAUUAUGACAGCCACAUCACCACCUUAACCGACCUCAAUAAUCCCCACAACCUCACAUGUUGGAUGGCCGAUGCAGGUACUGACACAGGAGACUGGGUCCUUACCCUACCGCUGGGCCGCCGCUUUGAGAUCACAUACAUAAGUUUUCAGUUCUGUCACCAAAGAGAGCCAUUGGACCCCAUCUCCAUUUCCAUCCUCAAGUCGAUGGACUUCGGGCGCACCUGGAGGCCAAUGCAGCACUACUCCGGCGACUGCCUCAGGAACUUCAAGCUACCUUCACAAACAGUGGCCCAAACGAGACAUCAAGAAACGGAGCCCCUCUGCUCAGACCCACGCCCUCUACAGAAGCAGCGAGGAGGCAUGGUGUUGGCCUUCUCCACUCUGGAUGGACGGCCAUCUUCUCCUGAUUUUGAUUAUAGCCCCACUCUCCAGGACUGGGUGACAGCCACCGACAUUCGCGUGGUCUUCCAUAAGGUGUCCAGUGAGGUUAAGAAUGGCCACAUGGAUAAGACGGAAGAAGAAAGACGGCUUGAUGGUGGACACGACAUCAGAGAGGCUGGUGUUGUGAGAUGGAGAACGGACUUCAAGGGUCAGACUGGAGAUCAGGUGGACAAGUUAAACACAGAAAAUACACUGGCAUUUUUUGACAGGGAGACAAAAAACUCAGAGACAAGGGUGAGGAACAAAGGGGUUAGAAUAGAUAAGCAAGUCAGGAAGGGUCAUUAUAAAAGCUCAGGUCAAGAUGAAGACGGGCACAACGUGACCAGCAAGGAAGGGGGGGACAGUUUCAGCAUGGACACUCUCACUUCUCCUAAAAAGGGCGGGAAAGGCAGAGGGCGUGGCGGCAAGAAGGAAAACAAUCAUUGGCUGCCUUGCCCCAAUGGAGAUUGCAAUUGGACAGUUGAGGGGCGGAGCAGAAGCAACAAAGGGCAGGAGCUGAGGAAAAGGAGGAACAACAAUCACAAUACAAGGCCGAGGAAUCUGCAGGCGGCCCAACCUUCUGCUUUUAAGCCCCCCGGCCGAGCUCCUUUUGCCCUCUCGGACCUGCAGGUCGGGGGCAGGUGUAAAUGUAACGGACACGCUUCCAGGUGUCGCCGCGACGACACGGGUCGUGCAGUGUGUGUGUGCAAGCAUCACACAGCGGGGCCAGACUGUGAUGUGUGUGAGGACUUCUACUUUGACAGACCAUGGCAUCGAGCUACGCCCACUAACCCAAACCCCUGUGUUGCCUGUGAGUGUAACGGCCACUCCAACAAAUGCCGCUUCAGCAUGGAGGUGUUUCAGCAGUCGGGCCGGCGCAGUGGAGGCGUGUGCCAGAAGUGUCGCCACCACACGGCCGGACGCCACUGCCAGUACUGCCAGAAUGGAUACACCCGCAACCACAAAAAGCCACUCAGCCACCGCAAAGCCUGCCAACCGUGUCAGUGCCAUCCCGUGGGGGCAGUGGGUCGCUGGUGUAACCAGACGUCUGGUCAGUGCCUGUGUCGACGAGGUGUAACCGGCCUCAGGUGUAACCGCUGUGCCCCAGGAUAUGAACAGGGGAAAUCUCCUCUGCAGCCCUGCAUACGAAUUCCGGAAGUUGCUCCAACUCCAGUGUACCAACCUCAGUACAGCAUAGCGGAGGAGUGCGUUUCAUACUGCCAGCCUUCUCAAGUUAAAGUCAGGAUGAACUUGGAGACCUAUUGUCGAAAGAACUAUGUGCUGAAGGUGCAGGUGAAAGGUAGGGAGCGCUCAGGUCCCUGGUGGCAGUUUUCCAUCUUGGUGCAAGUCGUCUUCCGCACUGGGUCCCACUCCCGCAUUCGCAGGGGCUCUCAGUCCCUUUGGGUCCCUGACCGCGACCUUGGCUGCGGCUGCCCCGCCCUCCAGGUGGGUCGGACAGUCCUCCUGAUCGGAGCAGAUGAAGGAGAGCAGCCCUGGGUGCCAGAGGAGAAGCGCCUGGUGGCAGAUCGCUCCACUCUAGCCCUCCAGUGGCAGGAACACUGGAGCCCCAAACUCAGGGCCUUCCGGGGGCAGGACAAGAGGGGCCGCUGUCCACCAAAACAGGCAAACAACCACCAGCACUACAGGGAGCACCCAAAACCCCAGUCUGGUUAUGUUCCCCCUCACCUGCUGACUGAGAAAGAUGCCGAGCCUCAUGCAGCAAACACACACAAGACUGAAAGCACAGCAGUGCCGCACAUGUUCAAAGUUAAAUCCACUGAGGCGACACUACCCUCUUCUUCUUCACCCAAUCCAGUGUGUUCUACUCAAAAUCCUUCAUGAAAACUUUAACAGUGAGAAGAUUUAAAGACUCAAAUUCUAAGUCUCAAAAAACAGAAGAACUACAAGGAGUAAAAUGUACAUUAUUCCAUUUUUUUGUCAGUGGACUUGAUAUUCAGGUGAGAAGAAAGCUCAAAGAAACCCUUCAACACCGAAACACAUACCCACCUUUAGGUUUAUGUACAUUUUUAAGAGAUUAAUUAUUGCAUACUGAGUUUUGCAGCAACAUAAAGUGGUAACACUCAGUGAUGAUGAAUCUGUGAGACUAAACUGGUGAAAUGUAAAAUGUAAGUAUCAUUAUUUUAAUAUUUCUACGAAGGAAACUUCUGAAAAUUAAAGUCUGACUGAACUUUGAAAAAUGUCAAUCAGCAUUUUGUCUUGAAAACUUAAAAAGAAAAUCUAUAUUAUAGAUUAUAAAUCAUAUUUAUUUAUUGAAUUGUUCUACCUAAAGGGAAAAUAUUACAAUAAAUGACAUCAUAAAAAUAUUGACAAUAGUAAUUAACACAAUGACAACUGGUUUAGUUAAUGUGCAAAAAUGUGAUUGAUUUUUUUUUACUAGUAAAUAGUGUAUUGUAAAUUGCCCAUUAUAGCAUGUUAGACUUUAUUUUUAAUUCAUGUGUAAAUUUGGGAAAAGCAUAUACUGAAAAGUAAUCUCUGAAGCAAUUUCACUAAAUUAAAAUAACCAAACAAAGUUGAAAGUCAUGUAGCUCACACUGCCGUUGCAGGAUAAUUACAACAGAAUGUGUCUGUUGUGUAAAAGAAAACACCAUGCUGGAAAUUGCAAAUUUGCAUUUAUUAUAAAUAACUAAUAUUUAAUAAUACACCGAUGCUGUAGUUUUACAGUUUAAACCCAAAACUUUCAAAAAUUAACAGAUUAAUUAAUACGUCAUUUAUUUAUUUUGUUGAACUACUUACAUUUGUUCCCCUUUAAUCAACUUGAAAUAUUUGCAGAAUAUGUAUAUCCCACGUAAAAGUAUAAUUUCAGUGUAUUUAUUUUUGUUAUUUCUGUCUGAUAUGGACAUCGGUUAAAAUAGUCUCCAUAAUGUGUUGCACAGUUCAUUUGGUCAGAUUGUGUUUUUAUACCUUCAUGUAAGAAAAACAAAGCUGUGACACCACGGGUGCAUUGGGCAGCCGGGUUAGCACAGACAAGAUAUUAUUAUAUUAUUAAAUUCCAUUUUUAAAUUUGAAAAGUAUCUUUACUCUUGCCUGUCUAAAAUAAUGAAAUUAAAAAAUUAAAAACUGAAAUUUUUCAUUUAGGCUAAUUCAAUUUAGACAAUGAAAACUCAUUGAUUUUUAAGUUAAAACAUUUAAAUAAGAACACUUUAUUAUGUAUAUACAUAUAGUACAUUUAAAUUCUAAAAAUGUAAAAAAAAAAACAUUUAUUCCUUUAAUUUUCUUUUUGAGUUUCUUUCUUUCUUUUCGCAUGCAUUUCAGUAGUGGGAGACGAAAAACCUCACUGCGCUCACACCUUUAAUUCAAACUGUACAAUAUUUGAUGAAAAGAGACUUUAUCUACAAUCUGUUCCCUCACUGGACAGCUGACACAAAGACCAAACUAACUUAACCUCAUUUUCUAGGAAUCCUCAGAUACACCAUAAGGAGCCCAGAUACGGAUCUAAAAAACAUCGGUCCAACCUGUCGUCAUGACUCCUGUUUCCAUUUGGGACAUAUCGCGUCAUAGCCCAGGGGAAAUGGGGGGUUGUUGGAGGUUAUGAAGACAGAUGGAAGAGUUCCUAUUUGUUGAGCAGCCAUGUUGUUUUGGUGGGACCUGUGUCAGUGAUUGGCUGUGCAGCUGUGGUGAAGGCUAUGAUUGAAAAUAAAGAGAGAAAAAUAGACUCGUUGACUGAUGACCUCGCAGCGGGACUGAACAUACAGUACACCGAAGAGUGUGUGAGACUGUUUUGGGGCUUCUUUUCCUACUCUUAUGAGGUCCAAAGAUCCGUGCAUCCAGCUGGCAGCUUACCAUGCUAAUUAUGCUUCCAAACAAGCUGCUCAGAUGUCUUUAUACAGUAACCCAACAUGCAGCAUGUUUUCUGUACACUGUCUUUAAUCAUUUACCAGAAAAAGACUUAGUUUUAUACUUAUUCAAAUACAGACUUUUUUUAACCACUUAGGGUGACCUUUGUAAGAAAUCACUCAAAUUUAAGUGCACAUUCACGAUUCUGCACUUGUCAAGAACUUAAAUAUCUCAUUUUGACGGAUCUAUAUUCAUCACACAUAUUCUUCAACACCUUAAACUCAGUUAAUGGGAAUGACAACAACACUAUAAAUAUUACAUUAAAACAGCCAAAACUGUCAGAAAUACAAAAAGAGAAAAUUUUAAUAAAAUUUAAUGUAAUCAUCUUUGGCAUUUUUACUGGCCUAUAGUUUACGUUUUUCAAAAAAACAACUGCAGUCAUUUCAUAAUGUGUGUUGAUUUUAUCAGACCAUUCAUCUAAGUGUCUUUGACUAAUACUUUGAUGCUAGCUGGUGAUAAAGAAGCUCUCAAACGAUACAUAUAAAUGUUAAUUACACAAUAUGUGUGGAUAUGUGUACUGUGUGUACUAUGUAAAGUGUUUCACAUAUAAACCCUAAAGAGAUUAUAAUGAAUGGACCAUCUUUUUAGCAUCUUUCAGCUCA